UUAAAUAAAAAUUAAAAUAAGAAUAAAAUAAUCAAAGAAAUAAAAACCCUUUUGUUACAAGCCUUGAAUGAUGCAUAUGAUUUGCUCACUCAAGAAAUUUGAGGCGUGUUGACAAGAGAUUAGGAGAUUUUAGGUCACCUCUCUCUCACCCUCCUCUCCCUCUUUUUAGUAUCAUAAAUUCUUCCGUUUUCUCCACUAUCACACCCAAUUUCACAUUCACAACAAACUAUAUCUUAUAAAAAUCAAUACAACUCAACCAUAUUUUUAUCAUACCAAAACUAUCCUAUAUAUAUACAUUUCCCAUAAUUUUUUGCAUUUGAGCUAAACUAAACCAUCCCAUAACAAAAGGGACACUACUUUCAUAUUUAUGAAACUACCAAAUAAUUUUCAAUUUUUACAACAAACAAACAAGCCUUUUAUUUGCAUAGUAGAAGUAAAUCUCUUAUUACCAAAAAUAGUUUGUUUUUCUUAUAAAUAGGAAGUGCAAAGCUGGAGAUCCUUAGAGGUACAACUAAAAUGUCUCGUGUGGUAGAUGAUGACUCUGCCAGUUCAUCACCUACUCUCUUACCUUACUUUGGAUCAUCUAAUAAUUACCACACCAUGGAUCUUGAAUCCAACGGUGUUGGUGGUGGUGGUGGUGCUGGUGAUAGUCGUCGUGUGUCGUUCUCACCGACGUUAGGCCAGCUCUUGAAGCGAGUGGGGGAUGCUCGGAAGGAGGCUACCGGGGAUGAGACCCCCGUCCACCAUACCCUUAACAUGAGCCCUGAGACGCGGGCUCUUCCGUUUGUUUUAAGGUUCGCUAAUCUUACAUACAAUGUGAAGAUGCAAAGGAAGUUAAAGAUUCCGGGAAUUACUACUCAUAAUUUGUCCCCUGGUGAGCAGUUUCCUGGAGGAUUUUUUUCUCGUACGAAGACUCUUCUGAAUGAUAUCUGUGGUGAGGCUCGAGAUGGUGAGGUGAUGGCUGUGCUAGGUGCGAGUGGGUCCGGAAAGUCAACGCUCAUUGACGCCCUUGCAAAUCGUAUUGCAAGGGGGAGUCUGAAAGGGAAGGUAACCCUUAAUGGGGAGCCGCUUGAGUCGCGGCUCCUUAAGGUUAUAUCGGCGUAUGUUAUGCAGGAUGACUUGCUCUUCCCUAUGCUAACUGUGGAGGAGACACUGAUGUUUGCUGCAGAGUUUCGGCUUCCUCGGACCCUGUCUAAGUCCAAGAAGCAAGCCAGGGUCCAGCAGCUGAUCGAUCAGCUCGGGCUAAGGAACGCGGCUAAGACCAUCAUAGGUGAUGAAGGACACCGUGGGGUGUCCGGUGGAGAGCGUCGUAGAGUGUCGAUUGGUAUCGACAUCAUUCAUGACCCCAUCAUCCUCUUCCUUGACGAGCCUACCUCAGGGCUAGAUUCAACUAGCGCGUACAUGGUGGUCAAAGUUUUGCAAAGAAUAGCUCAAAGUGGUAGCAUAGUCAUAAUGUCAAUUCACCAACCUAGCUACCGAAUUAUGGGGCUGUUAGAUCGACUUCUUUUCCUGUCUAAAGGACAGACAGUCUUCAGCGGUACACCUUCUGACUUACCAGGGUACUUUGGGGAGUUCGGGGCUCCAAUACCUGAGAACGAGAACAAGACCGAGUUCGCCUUAGACUUGAUCAGAGAGCUAGAGGGCUCACAAGGAGGGGCAAAAGCUCUAGUUGAGUUCCACAAAGGUUGGCAAAUCAAGCACAAAAGCAACCUACCCAACAUUGAAGGUGCACCCCAAGACAGUAGGGGUGGAUUGUCCUUAAAGGAGGCAAUUAGUGCUAGUAUCUCUAGGGGAAAACUCGUCUCCGGAGCUACUAACACUGAUGCUAGCCCCGCGUCCAUGGUUCCAACAUUCGCCAACCCAUUCUGGAACGAGAUAGUCACUUUAUCUAAGAGAUCAGUCAUGAACUCCCGUCGGAUGCCAGAGCUUUUUGGCAUCCGACUAGGAGCAGUGCUAGUCACAGGGUUCAUCCUUGCAACAAUGUUCUGGCAGCUCGACAACUCCCCUAAGGGUGUACAAGAACGACUAGGAUUCUUCGCGUUUGCAAUGUCUACAACCUUCUACACUUGUGCAGACGCUCUCCCUGUCUUCCUACAGGAGAGGUACAUUUUCAUGCGCGAGACAGCCUACAAUGCCUAUCGACGAUCCUCGUAUGUACUCUCACAUGCUUUAACCGCGCUACCAUCCUUGAUCUUCCUUUCAUUUGCAUUCGCAGCAACUACAUUCUGGGCUGUUGGCCUAGACGGAGGAGCCUCAGGCUUCUUCUUCUACUUCGGAAUCAUAUUCGCCUCAUUUUGGGCAGGUAACUCCUUCGUGUCCUUCCUAUCAGGUGUAGUCCCUCAUGUCAUGCUCGGCUAUGUAAUAGUAGUCGCGAUCUUAGCAUACUUCCUCCUCUUUUCGGGUUUCUUCAUCAACCGUGAUCGUAUCCCUGACUACUGGAUUUGGUUCCAUUACAUCUCCUUAGUCAAGUACCCUUACGAAGGUGUCCUACAAAACGAGUUCGAAGACCCUACUAAGUGCUUCAUUCGCGGUGUACAAAUCUUCGACAACACCCCACUUGGAGCCGUGCCUAAUGCCAUGAAGGUAAGGCUGUUGCAGACCAUCAGUGGCUCCUUAGGGAUGACGAUUACGCCCUCAACAUGUGUCACUACCGGUGCCGAUAUACUCCAACAGCAAGGGGUAACUGACUUGAGUAAAUGGGGCUGCUUAUGGGUUACCGUUGCUUGGGGAUUUUUCUUUAGGAUUUUGUUUUACUUUACUUUGUUACUAGGAAGCAAGAAUAAGAGGAGCUAGGUGAAAUAGAGGAGGUAAAAAAAAGAAAAGAAAAGAAAUUGGGGUUAAUUAUACUUUGUUAAUUAAUUAAUUUACUUGUUAAUUAGGAUUAUUAGCUAGCUUGAUGUUAUGCUAAUUAAUCCUUUUGUUGCAAUUUUAA